AGCCCAAAAACAGCUAGGGUUGGAGGGAGUCCAGCCCACCACCACCAGGCGCUGCUCCACGCGACCACGCCGCCAUUGUCGUCCACGCCGGCGCCGCGCCGUCCCCGCCGUCGUCCGCGCCGUCCCCACCGUCCAAGCCGCCAAGCCGGGGGCCGCGACGCUGCGACAGCGAUUCCUCCAGUCCUCCUCGCCGCCUCGCCGGUUGCGGGUUGCCGGCUUGGUGGCUUGGCGCGGCUUGCCCGCCCGCCUUCUCCAGUUCUCUUGCUUGGCUGCUCCACGUCUCCACUGAUCCGGCGCUCCACCAUUCAGCCCAGGAUUGGUAAAACAUGAAGAGGAGCGGAGAUAUUGCGUCAUUAUUUGGGAACCAUGAAGCAAAAACAAUGGAGAUUCCAGAAUCUUCUAGUUCUUCGAAUGUAUUCAUUGGUGAUGAAGCUCCUGUACCUGAAGAAGAACCACGACAAGUUCCUACAGAUGCUUUUCCACGUGCACCUCCUGUUCGACGAAACGCCUCUUCGGUAUCGGCCACCAUGGAUAGGCGUCCUGGGAGGCACAAGCUCAGGCGGGUCAAGGCCCAUGUGCGCGCUGCCCGAAUGGACCGGAUCAGUGGCCUCCCCGACAAAAUCCUCCACCACAUCAUGUCCUUCCUGAACACGCGCCAGGCUGUGCAGACGUGCGUGCUGUCCCGGCGGUGGCGCAAUCUCUGGCGCACCAUGCCCUGCAUCAAUGCCGACUUCGAUGAGUUUGAUUUCAUUGCUUACCAAGGGGACGAUGAGGACUACAAUGACGAGGUGGCAUUCAAGAGGUUCGUUAACCAAAUGUUGGAGCUCCGCGAUCCCACCGCUAUGAUAGACACAUUCUGGCUCAGCUACAUAAUAUGGGACGGGUACAAUGAAUACAAGGAUUCCAAUGUAGAUGCCAACAGGUGGAUUAGCCAUGCUUUGCAGAAGCAGGCCAGGGUUAUCGAGGUUGUCGUGUUCGCCUUUCCAUUGGAGCUCGAUCACUCAGUGUUCACUUCAUGCUACCUGAGAAAAAUUGGGUUCUCCUGUGUUUCUUUACACCAAGGUUUCUUCAAGCAACUUGACACCGGCUGUCCAGCAUUGGAAGAACUCUUCUUACAUGAUUGCAUCAUUGCGGAUGAGGAGAUCUUGUCCCAGUCACUGAAGGUUUUGACCAUCGACGGCACUGAAUUCUCCAUGGCUAACAAGGCAUCUAUUUCUAUUCCAAGUGUUACUUCUCUGACCUUGUCUAUUGAGGAUUCCACACCUAUGCUAAAGGACAUGGAAUUACUAACGACCGCAUCAGUAUCAGUUAAAUUUAAUACAUUCAUAUUCAGUUAUGGUUUUGAUGCUAAUGAUCUCCGCCAGUGUCUCUGGAGCCUUUCUGGUGUUACAAACUUGGAGUUCAAUUAUGAGGGUACAGAGCUGACAUUCGAAAACAAUUUGCAAUGGUGCCCAGAAUUCAUCGAUGUUGUCAACCUGACUCUUGGUCAGUGGUGCCUGGAUGCAAACUUCUAUGCACUAAUUGUCUUCCUUCAGAACUCACCGAGACUAGAGAAGUUAACUCUGAAUCUUGCGAAGUGCAUUGCAGAUAAAUCUCCAAGAAUUGUUGGCGAGCUUAUGGAAAGAUCAUUUACGUGUGAGCACCUUAAGAUUGUUGAAGUCAAAUGCUUGGAGGAUGAUCCCCAGGUCAUCAGUGUGGAAGAUUUCUUUGCUAGUAAUGGCAUGGCCUCUGUUCAGUUUGAUAUCAAACACUGGGGCCAAUACAAGGACGAGUUACCUGCAUUUAUUCGGUAUGAGGAGAGAUGAAAUGCCAAAGGAUCAUGCAUUUGUUUGUCAUCCCAUUGAAGAAUCAACUCGCUUUCUGCUACAUUCACUGGUUACAGUAGAGUUUUAAGGUCUCCUGCAUUUUUGCUGGUCUCUAGGAAUGGCAUCCAAUAACUUGCUAGUUUUCAACUGAACAAAUCGAGUAAUGUGUCAUUCUACUCCUAAUCUCUGGUUACAUUAGCAGUUGUUCAACCAAGAACCUAUUUAUCCCUUGUACAACAGAAUUUCUUUCCAUUCAUCAACUAUUUUUGUCGAGUCUCUUCA